CGAAGGAUGGCAGCUCGAUCGUACAAAUUACUACCAGGAAGGAUGGUUAGCCACCGGCAACGCCCGCGGCUUAGUAGGAGUGACUUUUACUACGUCGCAUUGUCGCACCAGAGCCGCGGAACUUCCACUCAGGGCGAAUUACAACCUCCGAGGGCACCGUAGCGAGGUGAUACUUGUCAAAUGGAAUGAACCUUACCAAAAAUUGGCCUCGUGCGACAGUUCGGGUGUUAUUUUUGUUUGGAUCAAAUACGACGGACGAUGGAGUAUAGAAUUAAUCAAUGAUAGAAACACACCUGUUACGCACUUCUCCUGGUCCCACGACGGCCGCAUGGCUCUUAUAUGUUAUAGGGACGGCUUCGUAUUGGUCGGCAGCGUUGCUGGUCAAAGGUAUUGGUCGUCAAUGCUCAACGACAAAGCGACGAUAACUUGUGGCAUUUGGACUCCGGACGAUCAGCAGGUCUAUUUCGGGACGACUGCGGGCCAGUUAAUCGUGAUGGACGUUCACGGGGCUAUGGUGUCGGAGGUACAAUUAGCGGCCGGGGUUACAUCGAUGGCCUGGAGCGCCGAAAAGUUUACGAUGGAGGAGGACGAGACGUGCGAUCGAUCUCAGAAAGAUGACCGAAAUUACGUGCUGGCCGUUUGCCUCGCCGACGGCAAUGUCGUCAUGUUACGAUCGUUCGAUGACGUGUCGCCGAUUACGAUACGCAGCAAUCUGAAGCCGCCCUUGCACGCCGAGUGGAGCAAUUCCAGAAAACUGUUGGCCAUCGCCGGCACGCGGGAGGGCUCGGCCGAGCAGAGCGGUUCGCAAGAGUACACGAAUCUUCUCAAGUUUUACUCGGUCAACGGCACUCUCGUAUACACGACGGAGAUUCCAUACACGCAGUGUCCCGUAUCGGCGUUGACGUGGGGGCACAACGACCGGAGGCUCUUCGUCGCGACCGGAGCGCGCGUCCACGCCGCGUGGGUCUCCAGAAGGGUCGGUUCGCUUCAGCUGUUAUCGAGAUUGGCGGUGAGAGCGGCUCUCACGAGGGAAACCAGUGUUCAACAUCUUCCAUUACCGCCGCGACUGAGAGCUUCGGUGGCCGCCCUCUUCGCGAACACAAUACGAUGCUCGGUACCGGAACCAAGAGAAUUACGACGCUUCGUGUCAAGGCCGCCGCCGGGAGGCAGCCGGUUGCACUGCACCAUGCUCCGACACGCCGUAGAACCUGUGCCAUGUUACACGCUGUAUCUGGAGUACCUGGGCGGUCUCGUGCCACUUCUGAAGGGCAGACGGACCAGCAAGAUUCGGCCCGAAUUCGUGAUAUUCGAUCCGCAGAGUCAAGAAACUCUGCAGGUGUUCGACGACAUGUCGCAGUGCCCGUCGUACAGCGACGGCUCGGACACCGAAAAGGACACCGCGGAUUUGUGCGGAUCGCCCCGUUACAGGAAGAAGAACAGGAAAAGAAGGGAGGAGAGGCCCAACGACGAAACGACGGAACGAGAGGAAAAGCCGAACGAUCUUUCGUACGUGGACACCCUGCCAGAGCACGCGAGGCUCGUCGAGGUAACGUCGAACAUCUGGGGCACGAAAUUCAAGUUUCACGGCUUGGCAGAUUCGAUUCCCGCUAACCUAGGUCAGGUAACAUAUCGAACGUCUUUGCUGCACCUGCAACCCAGACAAAUGACGCUCGUGAUGACGGAGCUCCGGGACGAUUUGCCUUCGGGUCCAGAUCCGACGUUCAAUCCCAAUUUGUUUUCCGAGGACGAGGAGGAGUCGUACCAGGAAACAAGUUCGCGAGUUACCCCGGAGACGCAACCGCCGCCGAUCGCGCCGAUGACUCCUCGUAACGCUCGACUGAACCAUCCGAAUCGACCAAAGUCUCAAAUUUCGAAUCAGUUCUUGACGUCGGAGACCCUUCCGACGUCGCUGGGGAAAAUCGAGAGCUACGAAAAUGAGUACGUUCCAUACGUGGAUCUGCAAGAUAUGGGUAAUCUGUACGAGAACAUCAGAAACGCGCCUACGAACACCUAUCGAACGCCGCCGAGACACAAUCCACCGAGAUGCUGCGAUGUGCCGGCCUUACAGUCGCCGAAAAACGCGGUGGCGCCCACGCAAACGUUAAUUGCGACCUCGAACGCGGGUGCCGACUAUGCCAGCAGCAUUCAGAGGAUGAAAAACGUCCUGGCGGAUCAACAAGCGGGCAUGGCGACGAAGAAGGAACUGGAGAACAACAAGCUCAAUCAAAUCUCGCAGGACGACAAACUGACGUCGACGGCCUGCGCGACAAACAUCAUCCCCCUAUCCAUGCAGAACGGUCAGGCCUUGAACGCGGAGGCGACGAGCAGUCGAUACAUCUCUCAAUAUCACUCGGUUUUAAAUGGUCUGGAGAACAUCGAUUGCACUCCGGCGCAAACCGUAUAUUUGAAUGGUCUAAAUAACAUGGGAUGCGCGAGCAACGUCUUGACCGCGCCACAUCCUGCCAGCGGCGUCCAAACUACAAUGUCGCAGAGCGCUCAUAAUUUUGUACAUAGUAAGAAUAAUCAAAAUACCGAGGCGAGUACCACGGCAAGCACCACGACGACGCCUUCAAAUAGCUCCCAACUCGGGCAAGCUUCCAGUCUAGUCCUUAAUAAAAACGGCGUACACGGGAUAAUCUCGCCGGCAUGUUCCUAUCAGUUCCCGGAGAAUAUCGAUCAGUGCUUUGGAUCGACGUGUUCGCAGUGUUUCUCAAAACCACACAAAGACCCCAAGUGCCACGUGUGCUACGGAAAAACGAAUCCCGGCUACGUGAACGCCGGGACUCCCACGAAGCUCGACGAGGACUUGAUGCGAUUCAGCGACGACGAAUGCCGCGACGAUAUUGAGACGUCAGAACAGUCGCGGGGCGUUCACAGGACCUCAACGGUCAUCAGUAUCGGUCCGAUGUGUGCGAACGAUUCGAUAGUUCGAAGCUGCAGCGUCGGAUAUCUGGAUCUGGUGGACGCCCAGUUAGUCCCGUGCGACGUAGCCUUGCGAAUGCUGCGCAGAGACGCGCCGAACAAGAGGCUGGUGUUGGUGUCGCGGAAAACGAAACGGCGGAAAAAGACGAAGCCUCAGCACGACGUGGGCCAGCCGAGCUCGAAGCCGCCCCGACUCCGCAACUGCGGCAAGUCCAAGAGUCUCGACUCCAGCGAUAUAUUUCCGAGUAACGAGCAGAUAUCAUCUCCGCCGCAACUGCCGGAACACGUGGAGGAGGUCGCCGGAUUAACCAAUUCCGAAGUUACGGAUGAUACGGCGAAACGCAACGAAUCGACAGAAUCGAAGGACGAAACGCGCGACAUUGCCGAUAAGCAGGACGAAAGUAAGGAACAGGUUGCUCGCGAAGUUCACAUUAAAGAAAAGCCGGGUCGAUUAGAAGCCACUGCGUCUCCCGUCAAAGGAUCGAGUCCGAGUGGAUCUUUCGCUUCCUCGCUCGAUGGUCUCGCUGCGAGACUUCGAGAUUUCGACGACAGUCACUCAUUGCCACCUCCUUCACCUCGACCAUCAUCGAGAUUGCCGAGAAGUUCACCUAGCAGUCCAGCACCAUCUAAGAAAGGCAAAAGACCGGCCUCGGCCUCCCCGAUUCGAAGAAGGCUCUUGUCGAGUCCGUUGCUGAACAGAAGAAUGAGAAAAAGUCGCGGCGAGAGUUCGGACGAGGAGGGGCUGCUCCAAGACGAUUCCUCGUCGACAGCGAGUUACCGGGACUUAGAAACGUUCCAGAAAGCCCAGUUACGUCAGAAGCUCAAGCAAAGAGGAAUGGGAAUUUCUGGUUCCAAACCGGAAGCGAUAAGGCGCGAUGCACAAUUGAUAAUGCAUAACAAAGCGCCCAUGUGGAACGAGUCCAGUCAAGUGUAUCAGCUCGAUUUCGGCGGUAGAGUGACUCAAGAGAGCGCCAAGAACUUUCAGAUUGAAUUCAGGGGCAGACAGGUGAUGCAAUUUGGAAGAAUAGAUGGCAACGCGUAUACGCUGGAUUUUCAGUAUCCAUUCAGCGCUUUGCAGGCAUUCGCCGUUGCCUUGGCGAAUGUUACGCAACGGCUUAAGUAAGCUGUCACUUUUCCAACACAUCUAACUUAUGGUGAAAAAUGAUGGGGAAGCUGCAAGAUACCUGCGUUUAAAAAUUUGCGUUUUUUUUAAGAGUCAAACAAGAAUCGAGAAGGUUCGAUUCUUAAUGAGCCCGGGAGGAAAAUUCGUAAGACUUUCGAUUGUCAGGCUCGCAAGGCUUCGUUCGUCAAUCGUUCGUGAAUUGUUCAUGGAAAUGUAACUUUUUUUUUUUAAUAACAAUGACUGAUCGACUCGCAUAAUUUUUAAUUGCGUAUCGAUCCUAUCGCGCCGGGAAAGAAAUUCGUGUAGCCAAAAAUCUCUCUGGCGUUUGCCGAGAGAUGGGCGAAUCGAUGUGCAAUGACCUAAUGAGAUAAAUAUAUACUGAUUCGCGAGUGCAGUUGCGAGCGAUUUGAAUUUGAGUGGGACACAAAGAUUUUGCGGCAGCUAUGUAACGUUUUCGUUGAACGCUUCUUCGUCGUACCGUCCAAAUUUCGUUUCUCCCAACUUCGAGCGCUCAUUUUGUAUAGUUUAUGCGACACGUUGGAGUCUAGUGACGCUGUUAAAGAGUUCACCUCGUUCAUUUUUGCGGUCCGCCGGGUGUGUAUUCGAAUUUUAUAUACAUAUACUAUAUAUUGACAGACUCGCACGUGCGGGCGACAGUUUCAUGUUGUUCAAUUAAAUGUUUCUUAACGCGUAUGGUGAAGAUAACGAUAAUAAUGCUAACGAUAAUGAUAAUGA